UACAUUUUUCACCACCACCGAGGCACUGGGAGCAGUCUUGGCCCCUCUUGUUAAGCUAUUUUUUUUUUUAACAUUAAUGGUUGUCUUUGCUUACUGCUGGAGUUUAAUAAAGCUCAGUUUCGGCAUUUCACUAUCCAAGUACUUCGUUUUCGAAGUAACAGCCUUAAAAUAACAUUUGUUCCGCGAUGCGACAGAGGAAGGGUUGUGAGCAGCUAUAACGUUAGUAGAACGUGUAGUGACUUUAUAAACUGCAAGAGAAACUGGCUGAAGGAUGAAUCCACUUGACUGGGGAGAUGCUAUUCGAACACAGCAGAGACAUUUGGACCCAAAUCACCAGAGUGGUGUUAAUAACAGCAUGGAGAAUGCCUCAAAAACUAAAAAUGACUGGGACACUUACUGCCAAUACUCAAGAUACACUGUUGAUGAACCACAGGGCAGCAUGGGAGUGAAUGUGGAAUGGAAGGGACUCAGUCCUCUCUCGCAUAACUUUUACAUCAAGGAGUCAGAGGUCGAGGACCCAGAUGGAGAACCACUUCAAAUGGACGAGGAGGAUCCAGAACUCACAAGAAAGCGGAAAGAGCUUAAAGAGAUAGAAGAGCAGAUAAUACGUAAGAAAGUUGCUAUUGCUCUGAAAAAAAUUGAACCAUUUGUGAAGGAGAUUCCUCCUGGCUUUUCCUGUAAUGAUAAAUCAGCCACAUGCAAAGGUGCAACUCUUAAAGACAGGGUGAACGUUAUUUUUCAGCAACGACAUCCUGUCAGCUUUCGGUCAAAGGUCAGGUCUCCCAAAGAGAGAAUGAACUCCUCCAGCCCGAGCAAAGACGGUUUGCUGCAGGAAGACCAUCCGCUGAAGCUCAGAGUGAAGGCACUAAUGAAGCAGAGAUGUAGUGAUCCUUGUGUUUUUCCAACAAACGGGGAGCUCCCUGAUGUCCCACCGCCUCCUCCAGGCCAAAGCGUUACUUCACCAGCCAAGGAGGACAACAGCGUCAACCAGGGUUUCCAACGCUUCCUCAGCGUGCUCAACAAAGGAGUGGACAUGGACUUGCUCAGUAGGAUUGUCAAUGAUGACAGUGAGGAUCUUCCUUCAAGUGAGGAGCUCCUGAACAUUCAGGCCCCUGCCGUGGAGAACAAGUCAGAUCCGCCCUUCAGGAGCCGGCGAUCGAACAGUGGAGCCUCACUGCCGAGCCGCAGUCGGACCAACAGUGGAGAGAGGAAGACUGACCCGCCCAGUCAAGAGAGAAGCCUCAAUGAGAGACUCUUCCUACCUGAUGUUGACAAGAAGAAGAAUGACAGAGGAGGCCGCUGUUCGGGCUCUAGUAGUCAAUCCAAGUCUCCCUCGGCAGUAAAGAAGAAGAACGAAGAAGAAGAAGAAAAACCAAAGGUGGAUGAGCAGCGUGAACAGCUCCAGAACAUUCUUAAAACUUUGGGGUUGAGCCUGGAAGUGGAAGAGAUGAGCAAAUUAGCAGACCGGACUCAGGAGAGGUUGUAUGGGAAGAAGCAUGAAGGCAUGAGGGCUGACAGCAGAGAGGAGCAGGAGAGUCGGCAGAAGGGAACCAACAGACAAUACAGGAACUCCUCCUCCUCUUCUUCUUCCUCCUCCUCCUCCUCCUCCUCCUCCUCCUCCUCUUCAAGGUCGACCUCUAGAAGUGUUAGUCCCAGUCCCUCUCGCCAUCAGCGCUCCCACAGCAGAGACUCGAAACAAAGGCAAACGUCUGAGCGCAGCAGCUCGAGAGACAGAAGCAGAGAUGGACUGACAUGCCAAGACAGCAAAGAAGCACAGAGGCACGGGGACGGAGACGAAGACGGAAAAGACUCCAAAGAAACCUCCACUUAUCACCAUCCAUAUCUACAAAACCAAACGUAUCCCCAUCCUGCUGCUUUUUCUGCAUUUCCAGAUUACAGUUUGUCCCAGUACUCUCAGUACAAUGCCUACCACAGCGGCACUUACAACACUGCUUCAAAUUCUUACUGGACAUAUACUCAGGGUGCGACUCCUCCCUCCCUUUAUCCCAGCGGGUAUCCUUCUCCACAGAACACCUACCAUCACUUUCCUGGCUCUGUAGUGGAACCUAACAUGGUUUACCCUCAUGACAAUCCUCCUGACAUUAACUUAUUUGUGAAUCCAGACCUGUCUAUAAGCGAAGGCCAAAUUGGAUCGGCUUCUGGCCUUCGCUGCCUGCAGGUCAUCAGCACUAAGCAGCCAACCACUCAGAGCAGUCUAAAGCAACUCACAAAUGGCCGCAGGAGGAGGGGGAAGUUGGAAACGUACAUAAAGACACGUCGUUUACGGUGGAAAAAGAAAAAAGAGAUAAAGAGACAACAAAAAAUGGCAGAGAAACAGACUGCAGAUUCUGUGAAGAAGUUGGAGGCUCCACAGGGCAAUGAAGGUGACUCCAAAGCUGAGCAGUCAGAAGAGGAAAAGCAGCAGCCAACAGAGGAGGAAAUAAAGGCAAACCUGAGGAAAAAGCUUGAAGCAUUUAACCAGAAGGUGAAGCAAAAAGUCACACAGCCAGCCAGCUCCCUAACCCCUCAGACUGGUUAAAAUCUGUGGAGUGUCAUGACUGUCUUUAAUUUGAACCUGCUGUGAGCCCCGACAGACCAUGUGGACCUCAUGUUUAACAUUCAUUAUUUACACAUGCAGUUCAUAGUGUUACAGGACCAUUUAGUAUUUUAGUCAUAUUUCCAGGUUUGUACUGAAUCUUCCUCAAACUCUAAUAAAUAAAUGAUAUCUUCUUCUUCAAAAAAAA